CUCAGAGAUAAUCCAGAAGCCACCCAGCAGAUGAAUGACCUGAUCAUUGGCAAAGUCUCUACAGCUCUGAAAGGCCAUCGGGCCAACCCUGACUUGGCAAGUAGUUUGCAGUAUGAGAUGCUGCUGCUGACAGAUUCCAUCUCGAAGGAGGACAGCUGCUGGGAGCUCCGUUUACGCUGUGCGCUGAGCCUUUUCCUCAUGGCUGUGAAUAUUAAGACUCCUGUGGUAGUCGAGAACAUCACCCUCAUGUGCCUGAGGAUCUUGCAGAAGCUUAUUAAGCCACCUGCCCCAACCAGCAAGAAGAACAAG